ACAUUUCAUUCUCUUUAAUUCACAUUCAAAGAAAUGCGAAUUAAAGUCCACAUUGGCGAGUGAUCUAAUGAAAAUGUUUGACGAUCGGCCGCAACGCGCAGUCUGUGUUUUGUAUCACGUAACAGUUGACGUGUUCAACGUUAUAAAAUGAUCAGGUCGCGGCGGUUUUGUUUGGUGGGCAGCGUGUUGGUGGCGCUGCUCGCGGGCGUGCUGGUGGCCGUAUUGGUGCUGCAGCCUUGGGCCGGCCACGACCACCCGCGCUUCCCGCACGCCACCGUCGCCGCCAAUGGCUACGAAUGUGCUUCUAUUGGAAGGGAGAUAUUAGAAAAGAACGGUUCGGCCGUAGACGCGGCUAUAGCAACUCUAUUUUGCGAGGGUGUCGCUUGUGCGCAAUGUAUGGGACUCGGAGGAGGAUUUUUGGCUACGGUUUACGACGCAACGACGGGGCAGGUCCAAGUGUUGAACGCGCGGGAGCGAGCCCCGAUGAACGCUCACAGGGAUAUGUUCGAGAACGCAUCAUCAACCGUCGGAGGGUUGGCUAUAGCCGUGCCAGGGGAGCUGAGAGGUUACGGAGAGCUCCAUCGACGAUACGGCCGUCUGCCAUGGGCAGAUUUGGUCCGCCCCACGGCGGAUCUUUGUCGCCGUGGCCACCACAUCAACGAGUAUAUGGCCCGCGUCCUCAGAACUUACAGCGACAGGAUCAAGGCCGAGCCGUCUAUGAGAGAGGUGUACGUCAACCCAGAAACAGGAGAGGUAUGGAAAGAAGGAGACAUAGUCCCCCUCUUAACGCUGGCCAAAACUCUCGAUAUCAUAUCAGAGGAGGGCCCGGAGGCGAUACACAACGGCACUUUGACCGCAUUGUUCGUGCAAGAUAUCCAAGCCCAUGGCGGAAUCGUGACAGAAGAGGAUCUCAGGAACUACAGGGUAGAGUGGCAGAAACCAAUCGAGGUACCCUUAACAGACCACCAUACUCUCUACACCGCCCCGCUGCCAGGGACCGGCUCGGUGCUGGCGUUCAUGCUGAAUAUGCUGCGCGGAUGGGUAGAAGAUGGAACAGAGGCGCCGCCCGGCUCCAACCUGUAUUGGCACCGCGUCGUCGAAACAUUCAAGUACGCGUACGCGAAAAGAACAGGUCUCGGCGACCCUUCACGCUAUAAUAUCACUUACAACAUUGCCGAGCUAGAACGCAAUCUUUCUAAUCCGUCAUGGGCAGCCGCCUACAGAGACUUAGUAGACGAUGACAAAACAUUCAACGACUGGAAGCACUACGGCGCCACCUUCGCUGGGGCUGACGACCACGGCACUGCACAGAUUGUGGUGAUAGCACCAGAUGGCAGCGCUGUUUCAGCUACUAGCACUAUAAAUUACAUUUGGGGCUGUCAAAGAAGGUCUUCCAAAUUGGGUAUAAUGUUGAACAACGAGAUGGAUGACUUUGCGAUCCCUAAUCGAGAGUCAAGUUAUGGCCUGCCUCCUUCACCGGCCAAUAUGGUGGAGCCUGGACUGCAACCUCUCAGUUCUAUGGUGCCCAGCAUAGUGCUUAGAAAUAAAACUGUCCAGUUGGUUAUAGGGGCUGCAGGAGGAACGAAGAUCACUACACAAGUAGCUCUGGCGGUAAGGAAUACUAUUCUAGAAGGACGCGAUUUACCAGAAACUAUGCAGCGUCCGCGACUACAUCAUCAGCUUAUGCCUAUGGAGAUAGAACACGAAUACGACUUCAGUCAGUCAAUCAUAAGGUCUCUUCAGGAAAAAGGACAUGCUACAACAGAACUGGGCAGGACAGCUGGUUUCGCAGCCAUGGUAGCGGCAGGCAGAGAUGCUGAUGGUUAUUUAGUACCACAGACUGAUCGUCGAAGGGUUGGCAGUAUUGACGGAUUUUAAUAGUAGCCUCGAACGCAGGAUUCAAAGCUUCUCAGAGAUCAACUAACUGUUAGAUAUCGCUUUGAAGUCACUCCUUUGUGAUUAGAUAAAUGAAAAGAGUAUGUUUAUUUUUAUCGAUUGAGUAUUUCACUUGACUCUUAAUUUCGCAAUUCUCGUGAAUGUGAAGAUCAUUAGAUUAGUGUCUCAAGUACUUUCAAGUAUUGAUGUCAAGAGAUAUAAUUUAAUCAUAAACAUCUAGAUAUAGUGUCUCUAGAAAUGCAUAGAAAAAAGCGGCUCAACUUAAAAAAAUGGCACAAUUUUCAGAAGGUAUGUCUUUAUUCAUCUUGGAUCUGGUGACUAUUUGUCUCGUCAUUUUAUUUAUUUAUGUUUAUUACUAGCGACCCAUCUCAGUCUCUUUUUUUUUUUAAAUAAAAUAUAGUCCAUGCUUCUCGCUAAUAUAAUAAGAUAAUGUAAUUUCUAUAGACAAGAGAAAGAUUAAAAUCGGUUAAUUAAUUUUUUGGGUUUGUAUAUUACCCACAAGAAAAUAUGUUCUUUUUAUUAUUGUACAUUAGUUCCAAAAUUACCAACAUCAUAUUUUCAGAAUUUUGUACAGCCUGACAAUACAAUGUGCUAGGAAAAAUUUAAUUAUUAAGACUUUUCACAUUUGACGUUCCAUUUAGUGCCAUAUGGUCAUUUAUAAGGAGCAAAUAAGAUCGCGUUAUUUUAAAGGCUAUGGAAAUUGAAAUAGAAAGGCUCAUACCUAUUAAUGGUUUGGAGGAGGUUGAAGGCGAUUAAAUGAAUUGUUGGUAAUUUUGAUAACUGGGUAUAGAGGAAAUUGGGUUCAAAUUUUAAUUAAUAAAUUAUCUAGUACAUAUUUAUAUCAUUUUCUAAGAUUUAUAAUGAUAUUAUUUUGGUAUGAAGGUAUGUUGAAUGUUUAUUAUGUAAAUAAAAUAUUUUGCGUAACGUGUUUACGCGACAAAUGGUAUUGCAUCAAAGAAAAUUUGCGACGUAUUAUACAUAUUUAUACAGUAGGUAUACAUAUUUGAUAUUGACCAGAUUAACUUGAUUAAAACUAGAUAUUAAUAUUUAAAUGGAGAAUUUUAAAGGUAAAUCUCAUACAUGUUAAAUAUUAACCUGCGUUAUAGUUAUCGUGUAUUUGUGUUGAUUGAAGUAGUGAACAAAAUAUGCUAUAAAAUUUUUGUGCUCAAUUAUAACAAACACAAUUAUAAGAUGGUCAUGAUUAACAGCGAGUAUUCAUUCAUUCACAUGAGUCGUUGACUGUCCACUACUGAAUGUAGUCCACCUCCAUAAGGGGAACAAUAGUAAUAACUAGUACAAUUGAUUCCGAUGUAGAUAUUCAUAGCAAAGAAAUGACUGUUUAUCAUUCAUGUUAUUAGUAUGUACGAAUGUACUUAUAGAAAUUACAUUUAUUAGAAUCUUUUUAAGGGAGUGUAAAAAUUGAUCAGAUUUAUUGAUAGAAAUCAGUGAAACUGAACGUUCUUUCCAAAGAAAUAUGGGUUGAAUAAGAUAAAAAGUUUACAAACUUCCAAAUUUCCAUACACGGCGUCUUCAUUUAUUAGUGUAGCGAGUCAGAUUCUUAAGUUAUUCGUCAAUUGUCGCUCCUUAUUUCUUUGGGGAAAAUGUUCAGUUUUACUGGUAGAUGUUAACAAUUUUUUUUUCACCUUGUCUUACUCCUAUAUAUAAAUAACUAUGUAGUAAUAUAAAUUUAUUAUUCAAUUAAAAAUAAAUUAUUUAUGUAAAUUAGAUUUCAGAAAGCAGGUAAAUUUUUAUUGUACAAAUUCGUAUAUAUAGAGAUUUAGUGUAUUUUCGUAUUGCAAAUUUUUAAUGUAGGUUUUUCCACUCAGGAAGAAAAUAUAUGUUAUAAUCUUAGGUUUGUACAGCAAAAUCCACGAAAGGAUAAUUUUGCAUUAUGCCUUGCGUAAUGCAAAGAAAAUUGUUUGUCUACUUGUAUUUUGUCAAGUAUCUAUAUGUAAAGAUUUUAUGAAUAAAUCUAGGUAUCGUCAUAGUAUCAUGUGAUAUUUUAUAAUAUUUUAGUGCCAACUUGUUUUGUUUGUAAAUAUUGUUUGUUAUAAAUAAUCGAUAGUAAAACUUUGAAAUAUUGUGAUGUCAUAAUGAAUUCUCACGUGUAUAUAAUAAAAUUAUAUAUUUUUUA